AUGUUGUGGCUAUCAUUUCCAGAGUCAUUUGCUGGCUUCGUUUUCUUUUAUCACUUCUUUCUUUUUCCUACUUGCUUUUUUGCUAGCUAUUGCAAUCUUUUCAAAUCUAUAUAUCUAUCGCAAACUCUUCAUCUAUCUAUCGAUCUAUCUAUCUAUCUAUCGCAAUCUCUUCCUAUCUAUCUAUCUAUCUAUCUAUCUAUCUAUCUAUCGCAAUCACUUCAUAGCAAUCUCUUCACAUCUAUCUAUCUAUCUCUCUAUCUAUCUAUCUAUCGCAAUCUCUUCACAUCUAUCUAUCUAUCUAUCUAUCUAUCUAUCUAUCUAUCUAUAGCAAUCUCUUCACAUCUAUCUAUCUAUCUAUCUAUCGCAAUCUCUUCACAUCUAUCUAUCUAUCUAUCUAUCUAUCUAUCUAUCUAUCGCAAUCUCUUCACAUCUAUCUAUCUAUCUAUCUAUCGCAAUCACUUCAUAGCAAUCUCUUCACAUCUAUCUAUCUAUCUAUCGCAAUCUCUUCACAUCUAUCUAUCUAUCUAUCUAUCUAUCUAUCUAUCUAUCUAUCUAUCUAUCUAUCUAUCUAUCUAUCUAUCUCCAAAGAAGUGA